ACCAAGAUUUGCAAGACCUUGUAGUGACAGAGACAAGAUGAGGUACAAAAAAUACAUGGCUAUUCUGGAAGCAGCAGUUGGCAUCACUCCUCUUAACAAAAGAGAGCUUCUCCCUGAGAGCAGAAGACACGUGAACCUUUGGCAGCACCCUGGGGUGCGGAGUACCACAUUAUUAUCAUCUCCCUGUGAGUGGGACUGGCACCCCAGCUGUACCUCUGGGCACAGGUGCUCCACGAAACACAGACUCGUGUCAGCCGACAGCCUGCUUCACCAGGCCCCAGGUAUGGAAGAAGUGAUAUGGGAGCAGUACACCGUGACCCUACAGAAGGAUUCCAAAAGAGGAUUUGGAAUUGCAGUGUCUGGAGGUAGAGACAACCCCCACUUUGAAAACGGAGAAACAUCCAUCGUGGUUUCUGAUGUGCUUCCCGGUGGGCCCGCCGAUGGGCUGCUUCAAGAAAAUGAUAGGGUGGUCAUGGUUAAUGGCACCCCCAUGGAGGAUGUCCUCCAUUCGUUUGCUGUUCAGCAGCUGAGGAAAAGUGGGAAGAUCGCCGUCAUCGUGGUCAAGAGGCCUCGGAAGGUCCAGCUGGCCCCGCUGCAGGGUGGCCUUCCGCUCAGUGAGGAUGACCGGGCCUUUGAGGUGAUGGAUGACUUGGACCGUCGAAGUGCCCACAGUGGCUACAGUGACCGGUACAGCGAGAGGAGCCGGCUGCGCAGCUGGGAGGACAGCCUGGAGAGGGGCCACCCCCAAGACCGGCCGCGCAGCCGGGAGCAGGACCGCAGCCGCGGCCGGAGCUUGGAGCGGGGCCUGGACCACAACGACUACGGCCGAGCCCGAGACCGGAGCCGCGGCCGCAGCCUGGAGCGGGGCCUGGACCACGACGACUACGGCCGAGCCCGAGACCGGAGCCGCGGCCGCAGCCUGGAGCGGGGCCUGGACCAUGACUAUGGGCGAGGCCGAGAUAGCGGGCGCGGCCGAGAUAGCAGCCUUGGCCGCGGCAUCGACCAGGGCUACGAGCGGGCCUACAGCCCGGAGGUGGAGUACAGGCACAGGGCGCAGCCCGACGCCCGGUACGAGCUGUCGCGGAGCCGCGAGCACCUCCGCUCGCGCAGCCCCAGCCUGGAGCGGAAAGGGCCGCCGGACCACGCAGGCCAGCCGGAGACAGACCGGCCCAUCGGGGUCCUCCUGACGAAAAGCAAAGCAAAUGAAGAGUAUGGUCUCCGGCUUGGGAGUCAGAUCUUCAUAAAGCAGAUGACCAAUACUGGUCUGGCAAAUAAAGAUGGCAACCUGCACGAAGGGGACAUCAUUCUCAAGAUAAAUGGAACUGUAACUGAGAACAUGUCUUUAAUGGAUGCGCGUAAACUGAUAGAAAAGUCAAGAGGAAAACUGCAGCUGGUGGUGUUGAGAGACAGCAAGCAGACACUCAUCAACAUCCCAUCGUUAAAUGACAGCGACUCAGAAAUAGAAGAUGUCUCGGAAAUUGAGUCAAACCGAUCGUUUUCUCCGGAGGAGAGACGGCAGCAGUAUUCCGACUAUGAUUAUCAUUCCUCAAAUGAAAAGCUGAAGGAAAAGCCAAAAGACGACACCCAGAGCAGAUGGUCCAAGAUGGGCUCCGUACCCACUCCCUUUAAGAGUGCAGGCGAUAUUGCGGCUGCCGUUGGCACCGAGACCAGCAAGGAGCCCAGAUACCAAGAGGAAGCCCCAGCUCCUCAACCAAAACCAUUACCGAGAACCUUUCUUCGUCCCAGUCCUGAAGAUGAAGCGAUAUAUGGCCCCAACACCAAAAUGGUGAGGUUCAGGAAGGGAGACAGCGUGGGCCUGCGGUUGGCUGGUGGCAACGACGUCGGGAUAUUUGUGGCCGGCAUUCAGGAGGGGACCUCAGCAGAGCAAGAAGGCCUUCUAGAAGGGGACCAAAUUCUGAAGGUGAACACACAGGAUUUCAGAGGGCUGGUUCGGGAAGAUGCUGUUCUCUACCUGUUAGAAAUCCCCAAAGGUGAAAUGGUGACCAUUUUAGCUCAGAGCCGAGCUGAUGUGUACAGAGAGAUACUGGCUUGUGGCAGAGGGGAUUCGUUUUUUAUAAGAAGCCACUUUGAAUGUGAGAAGGAAAGUCCACAGAGCCUGGCCUUCACCAGGGGAGAGGUCUUCCGAGUGGUGGACACCCUGUAUGACGGCAAGCUGGGCCACUGGCUGGCUGUGAGGAUCGGAAAUGAGUUGGAGAAAGGCUUAAUCCCCAACAAAAGCAGAGCUGAGCAGAUGGCCAGCGUUCAGAAUGCCCAGAGAGACAACGCCGGGGACAGGGCGGACUUCUGGAGGAUGCGCGGCCAGCGGUCCGGCGUGAAGAAGAACCUGAAGAAGAGCCGGGAGGACCUGACGGCCGCCGUGUCGGUCAGCACCAAGUUCCCGGCCUACGAGAAGGUUCUGCUGCGAGAAGCUGGUUUCAAGAGACCAGUGGUCUUAUUUGGCCCCAUAGCAGAUAUAGCGAUGGAGAAGUUGGCAAAUGAGUUACCUGACCUGUUCCAAACUGCCAAAACGGAACCGAAAGAUGCAGGAUCUGAGAAAUCCAGCGGGGUGGUGCGGUUAAACACCGUGAGGCAAAUCAUCGAACAGGAUAAGCACGCGCUCUUGGACGUGACUCCUAAAGCUGUGGACCUGUUGAAUUAUACUCAGUGGUUCCCGAUUGUAGUUUUUUUCAACCCAGACUCCAGACAAGGUGUCAAAACCAUGAGGCAGAGGUUGAAUCCAACAUCCAACAAGAGUUCUCGCAAGUUAUACGAUCAAGCCAACAAGCUUAAAAAAACCUGUGCACAUCUUUUUACAGCUACAAUCAACCUAAACGCAGCCAACGACAGCUGGUUCGGCAGCUUGAAGGACACAAUUCAGCAUCAGCAAGGAGAAGCAGUUUGGGUCUCUGAAGGAAAGAUGGAAGGGAUGGAUGAUGACCCUGAAGACCGCAUGUCCUACUUAACCGCCAUGGGCGCGGACUAUCUGAGUUGCGACAGCCGCGUCAUCAGUGACUUGGAAGACACCGACGGCGAAGGAGGCGCCUACACUGACAAUGAGCUGGAUGAGCCAGCUGAGGAACCGCUGGUGUCUUCCAUCACCCGCUCCUCGGAGCCGGUGCAGCACGAGGAGAGCAUAAGGAAGUCCAGCCCAGAGCCACGAGCUCAGAUGAGGAGGGCCACUAGCAGAGAUCAACUUAGGGACAAUAGUCCGCCCCCGGCAUUCAAACCAGAGCCGCCCAAGGCCAGAACCCAGAACAGACAAGAGUCCUUUGACUACUCCAGAUCCUACGAAUACAAAUCAAACUCCUCUUCAGCUGUUGCUGGUAACGAAAUUCCUGGGGCACCUGCCAAGGGUCAUCCUCCUCCUAUUGCAGCAAAGCCUGCCUUUUGCAAGCCUAUACUGAAGCCCGCCACCCCCGUCCCUCCCCAAGAGAGUGAGGAGGCAGGAGAGGACAGUGAGGAGCAAGAUAACGCAUCCAAGUCUGUCCUGGGCAAAGUAAAAAUAUUUGAGAAGAUGGAUCACAAGGCAAGAUUGCAGAGAAUGCAAGAGCUCCAGGAAGCACAGAAUGCAAGGAUUGAAAUUGCUCAGAAGCAUCCUGAUAUCUAUGCAGUUCCAAUCAAAACCCACAAGCCAGACCCUGGCUCGCCCCAGUACACAAGUUCCAGACCCCCCGAGCCCCAGAAAGUUCCUUCCAGACUCUAUCAGGAUGUCAGAGGAAGUUAUUAUGGCAGUGAUAUGGAGGAGGAAGAAUAUCGCCAGCAACUGUCAGAACACUCAAGGCGUGGUUAUUACGGCCAGCCUUCCCGAUACCGGGACACAGAAUUAUAGAUGUCUGAGAAUUGACUCUUCUGUACCCUGCUGUCGCACCUCGGAUCAACACUCCCGUGGAGCCAUGGGAUGGCUCUUUCCAGUUAGAAUGCACUGUGGAGAUGUGGUGGGACCUGAGCUCCUGUUUCCUCGUGGGGAGCCCAGGGGGCAACCAACGCAAAUUCAGAACCGAAGGUUCUACUUGUGGGACUGGGUCUGGGGAGUUUGUGGCUUUUUGCUCAGAAUUAAGAGAAACACUGCAGUUUGAUACUGUUGCCUGCUUCAGUGGACCAAAAUCUGUAUUAAUUCUGUGCGUAUUUUUAACAUGUAUAUUAAGAAGUGAUAACUAUUUUUCAUUAAUAGCUAUAUUUAAGGACCGUUUCAGUGUGAGACAGAAUGUGAAAAAAAAGGAAUAAAAAUAUUGUCGGACUCCAACUAAAUUCAAAGAAGUAUUUUAUUACAACUCUAAGUGCCUUUGAUGAGAAGUGUCUUAAAUUUUCUUCCUUUGAAGCUUUAUGCAAGGCCAUAAUGGACUAAACUGUGACUAAAUUUUUAUACCAGUUUAAGAGCUAUGGUUUUCUCUGCACUGUGUCAUCUUUUCGAGGCAUUUAUCUUUGUAGUAUUUUCCAUAAAUUCUGACUAUAUAUAAUAGCUAUUCUUGGUAGUUUGGCUACCAAUGCUAAAUAGCUUAAAGACCACAAAAUUGGUAUAGAAAUUUUUGUUUGUGCUCCACAAAAGCAGAUACUUGAGAAAAACACAUUUUAUUUCCAAACGUGUGUGUAUUGACAACAGUUUUAUAAUUUAAU